AUGGGUCGUAUGCACAGCUCUGGCAAGGGAAUGUCCGCCUCGGCCAUUCCCUAUUCUCGCAAGAACCCCAGCUGGUUCAAGCUUACUCCUGAGGACGUUGAGGAGCAGAUUAUCAAGUACGCUCGCAAGGGUUUGACUCCUUCCGCCAUCGGUGUUAUCCUCCGUGACUCCCACGGCGUCCCCCAGGUCAGGGUUGCCACUGGUAACAAGAUUCUGCGCAUCCUCAAGUCUAAUGGUCUCGCUCCUGAGAUCCCUGAGGACCUUUACCACCUCAUCAAGAAGGCUGUUGCCAUGCGCAAGCACCUCGAGAAGAACCGCAAGGACAAGGACACCAAGUUCCGUCUUAUUCUUGUUGAGUCCCGUAUUCAUCGUCUGGCCCGCUACUACCGCACCACCGCCGUUCUUCCCCCUAACUGGAAGUACGAGUCGGCCACUGCUUCUGCCCUGGUUAACUAG